GACGUCUGUAAACACCAGCGAGUUGUAUCCGUGGCAGCUGAAGCGGGAGACGACUGAACGCAAUGGCCAGGGACUCCUUAUCUGACGCGGGGCUGCACUUUGAUGAGCUGAACAAAUUGCGUAUCUUGGACCCCGACGUCUCCCAGCAAACAACCGAAUUAAAGGAGGAGUGCCGAGAUUUUGUAGACAAAAUAGGACAUUUUCAGAAAGUAGUGGGUGGACUAAUUGAGCUUGUUGAUGAGUUAGCUAAAGAAACCGAAAACGAGAAAAUGAAGGCAAUAGGUGCCCGGAACUUGUUAAAAUCUAUAGCAAAGCAAAGAGAAGCCCAGCAGCAGCAACUAUAUGCCUUAAUAGCAGAGAAGAAAAUGCAACUAGAAAGGUACCGAAUAGAAUACGACGCUCUGUGUAAAGUGGAAGCUGAGCAAAAUGAAUUUAUUGAUCAAUUUAACCUCCAGAAAUAGCAUCACUCGCAAGCCUUGAUUGCUCUGACUGACUCUGUGGGUCGCUUUAUUUUCCCAGCAAGGAUCUCUCCUCAGUACCCACAUCUCAUUGCAAUACCAGUUGGACGUUCAAUAAAAACAUUCCUUAAUAUUACAUGUUCAUUUUGUUUAGAGCUUUCCAGGACUCCCUACCACUUCUUCUCUGCAGUCUGACAUUUCAUGAUAAAAAAAACUGCAAAACCAACAUUUCUCUCCAGCAAGUAACCGGUCAAGAAGCUUUAAGAGAAUCAAACGCUAUUUUUAAACCACUGUUAAACAUUAAAAUGUAUUAUUAUACUUUCUAA